UUCUUGCUUUCUCUCUCUCUCUUUUAAGCCCGGCUUUGAACUUUCAAGUUAAAAACACACAAAGGUUGUUUUGUUUCCUUCUUGUUCCUUGAAGAGAUAUUCUGGGUUUCUUUUCUUGGUCUCAAAAUUGUGUUUCAAAGAGAAGAGGAGGAAUUUCCAUGUGCAGUGGUCCAAAGAGGAAGCCAACUCAAAGUGGUUUAAUCAUGGAGAGCGAAUCUCGUAAAGAAGAUGGGGUUCCUCAAAAGUUAUCGGUUUUGCUGGAGUUGUCGGCUUCAAAUGAUUUGAUUGCCUUUAAAGCUGCUGUUGAAGAAGAGGGUCAUGAUAUUGAUGUGCCAAGCUUGUGGUACGGAAGGCGGUUGGGUUCGAAGAAGAUGGGGUUUGAAGAAAGGACACCUCUUUUGAUUGCUUCCUUGUUUGGGAGCAAGGAUGUGGUGAACUAUAUCAUUGAAAGUGGACGUGUUGAUAUUAACAGGGCUUGUGGUUCGGAUGGGGCCACGGCUCUGCACUGUGCUGCUGCUGGUGGCUCCUUCGAUUCCACUGAGGUUGUCAAGACUUUGCUUGAUGCUUCUGCUGACACUGAUUCCCUCGAUGCUAACGGGAACAGGCCUCGUGAUUUGAUUGCUUCGUUUUGUAACUCGGCUUUCGGCUUGAGGAAGAAGAUGUUGGAGUCUUUGUUUAAAGGAAGUGGUAGUGUUGGUGAGAUGGACAGCUUGCCUGCUCAGUUAGGAAAUGAAAUGGGAGGGAUAGAGGAGCAGGAGAAUACAAUGACCCGGGCUUCGAAAGAUGGGACCGAGAAGAAAGAGUAUCCUGUUGACCUUACUCUUCUUGACAUUAAGAACAGGAUAUACGGCACAGAUGAGUUUAGGAUGUAUACCUUCAAGGUCAAGCCUUGUUCAAGGGCGUACUCUCAUGAUUGGACCGAGUGCCCUUUUGUUCAUCCCGGGGAGAACGCAAGGAGGCGUGAUCCUAGGAAAUAUCAUUAUAGCUGUGUCCCUUGCCUUGAAUUUCGUAAGGGAUCCUGCAGGCAAGGUGAUAACUGCGAGUAUGCUCAUGGUAUUUUCGAGUGCUGGCUUCAUCCUGCUCAGUACCGAACUCGUUUAUGCAAGGAUGAGACUAACUGUACCAGGAGGGUCUGUUUCUUUGCUCACAAGCCUGAGGAGCUUCGUCCCUUGUAUGCUUCAACAGGUUCAGGAGUGCCUUCCCCUAGAUCAUACUCGGCGAAUGGUUCGUCCUUAGAGAUGGGUUCCAUUAGCCCACUUGCACUCGGCUCCCCAUCUGUUAUGAUACCUCCAUCAUCAACUCCACCCUUGACCCCUACUGGUUCCUCUUCUCCUAUGGGGGCGUCGAUGUGGCCAAAUCAGUCCAACAUCAUACCUCCUACUUUGCAGCUUCCUGGUAGUAGACUGAAAACUGCUAUCAGUGCUCGGGAUAUGGAUUUAGAUAUGGAACUGUUGGGGCUGGAAAGUCAUCGCCGUCGCCACCAGCGGCAGCUAAUUGAUGAGAUGUCCGGCCUUUCCUCUCCAACAAGCUGGAACAAUUCUACAGCAUUUUCUGCCUCUGGUGAUAGAAAUGGUGAACUAAACAGGUUUGGAGGGGUGAAGCCGACUAAUCUUGAAGAUAUUUUUGGAUAUCUUGAUCCGACUAUUAUGCCACAAAUACAAGGGCUCUCACUUGAUGCUGCAGCAUCUCAGCUGCAAUCUCCCACUGGAGCUCAUUCACGCCAGAAUAUUAACCAGAAGCUCCGCGCAAGCUACCCAACAAAUCUACCAUCCUCUCCCGUUAGGGCAUCUCCCUCAUUUGGGAUUGAUCCAUCUGCUGCUGCAGUUUUAAGUUCAAGGUCAGCUGCCUUUGCAAAGCGGAGCCAGAGCUUUGUCGAGUGCACUGCUGUAAAUCGUCAUUCAGGGUUUUCUUCACCGGCUUCUUCAGCAAGUGCAAUGCCCUCUAACCUAUCAGACUGGGGUUCCCCCGACGGCAAACUAGACUGGGGCAUACAAGGAGAAGAGCUAAAUAAACUAAGGAAAUCUGCUUCCUUCGGGUUCCGAAGCAGUGGCAGCAAAUUGGGAAACGCAGCGCGCCCUAUAUCAUCAACUCCUGAUGAACCUGAUGUGUCUUGGGUGCAGUCUCUUGUGGUGGACCCUCCUGCUGCCGGGCAGUUAAGUUUUGGCGACGAGGAGCAGUGUCAUUUUAACAACGGAGGCACUGAAAUGCUUCCUGCCUGGGUGGAGCAGUUGUACAUGGAGCAGAAACAGAUGGUGGCCUAAAAGCAAAGCUAGCCCCACCAUUAUCUCCCAAGUUAACCUUUAACUAGUUUUAUCUUUGCCCAUAUUUUUGAAUUUUUGUCAAGUUUAUAAUUGGAAUGAAAUGGACCAGGAGAGAAUACAAGGUGAGCAGAGAACAAAAGGUAAUUGCUCGUACGUUCUCAAGAAUAAUUUAUCUGUUAUUCUUUUUAUUCACAGAAUUUGGUUCGCUUCUUGGUAUGGGUCCGUAUUUCAUCCCCAAAGCCGAAGAGGGUAGAGUUAGGCCAGUGUUCAACUCCUGAACUAGUCAAGUUGCAGGCAGGGCUACAUUCAUUUCAAUCUGCAACUGCACUGAUUCUUUAUUUAGUAUAUUCUAAGAUGGUCGGGGGGAUUGUUCUUGUUCACAUUUUUUGUACCAAAAAACUACAGCUAUAUCUAUUUUUCUGUUAAA